GGGUGGGGCGAGGGCAGCCGAGUUGCUCCUGACAACAGCGGCUGGAGGGGAGGAAGCAGCGAUGUCUGCUCUCAGAUACGCGGGGCUGGACGACACCGACAGCGAGGACGAGCUGCCUCCUGGCUGGGAGGAGAGAACCACCAAAGACGGCUGGGUUUACUACGCCAAUCAUGUUGAACUGAAAACCCAAUGGGAUCACCCAAAAACGGGAAAGAAGAAACGGGUGGCAGGAGAUUUACCUUAUGGUUGGGAACAAGAAACAGAUGAAAAAGGUCAGGUGUACUUUGUUGAUCACAUCAAUAAAAGAACCACAUUCCUGGAUCCACGGUUGGCAUUUACAAUUGAGGAGACAUCAGACAAGCCAACUAUUCGGCAGCGGUAUGACGGUAACAGUGCUGCUAUGGAAAUUUUGCAUGGCCGAGACCUAAGUGGCAAAGUUGUAAUUGUCACAGGAGCCAAUUCUGGGAUUGGUUAUGAAACUGCGCGUUCUUUAGCUUUGCACGGAGCUCAUGUUGUCUUAGCCUGCAGAAACCGAGCAAGAGCCGCUGAAGCUACACAAAAGAUAUUGGAAGAAUGGCAUAAAGCCAAGGUUGAAGCUAUGAUCCUGGAUUUGGCCUCCCUUCAAAGUGUCCAACAGUUUGCAGAAGCCUUCAAGGCUAAAAACCUAUCCCUUCAUGUGUUGAUCUGUAAUGCCGCUGCGUUUGGUUCUCCGUGGCAAUUGACAGUGGAUGGCCUUGAAACCACUUUUCAAGUCAAUCACUUGGGACAUUUCUACCUGGUGCAGCUCCUUCAAGACGUUCUCCGUCGUUCAAUACCUGCAAGGGUUAUUAUCGUAUCCUCUGAGUCACACAGAUUCACAGAUAUAAAGGAUUCCUCGGGGAAGGUGGAUUUUAGUCUGCUUUCUCCUGCUAAAAAAGAUUACUGGGCCAUGCUGGCUUACAAUCGUUCGAAGCACUGCAAUAUUCUCUUCUCGAAUGAGCUGAAUCGCCGCCUGUCACCUCAUGGUGUAACAUCCAACACUCUUCAUCCAGGAAACAUGAUGUACUCCUCACUACACCGCAGCUGGUGGCUGUACACCCUACUGUUUGCCUUGGCUCGUCCUUUUACCAAGUCGAUGAAUCUACCCUGACUGGUUGCAUCGUGGCCUGGUAGGGCAAUACCGACGCACAUGAAUGCAGGAGGCUGCGGAGAGUAGUGGGCACAGCGUGGUCCAUCAUGGGUACAGCCCUCCACAACAAUGAAAGUAUCUACUUGAGGCAUUGCCUCAAGAAGAGAUCAUCUAUCAUCAAGGAUCCCCACAGUGACCUCGUUUCUCCUGCUACUAUCAGGCAGGCGGUACAGGAGCCUGAUGAUCCCACACCACCAGGUUCAGGAAAAACUUUCCAACAACCAUCAAGAUGCUGAACUGACAUGCACAACCUUAAUCCUUCCUCAGCAAUGGAACACCACAGACCACCUCUUGCAGUUCUAUGAACUGGUUUCUAAUUGCAUUUUUACACUCAUGUCUUUUUCACUCUGUUAUACGAGUCUUAUAUAAUUCUUGUAUAAUUUAUGUUCUGUGUGUUGUUUGAAUCUAAGUGCCUGUGAUGCUGCUUCAAGCACGCUUUUCAUUGUACCUGUACCUCAUGGUAUUGGCGCACAUGACAAUAAACUCAAUUUGAC